CCUUCUUGACAUUUUUGAGAUUUCAUGCACCGGGGGAGAAGUGACACCGAGCAUCUACCCGAGAUUUGUCCGCAACAGAGUUCAUAAACUGGAAGAUAUUGAGGACGACGCAAAAAAGAGGAAGUUGGCUGGCAUAUUUUCAUAUAUCACUCAUCUCAUCAAGUUCAAGGAUAAACAUUCUAUGGAUGGCGUUUUAUCUGCAAAGCACCAUAAAUUCCCGAGUAUCUUUUCCCAGAAAUUCUCUUCACUGUUUGCCACUUCAAAUGAUUCUAGAAUUCCAGAUGAGAAAAAGAAGCUGCUCAUAAGUUAUGUGUUGGUGCUCACUAUGUUUGUGGAUGAUUUCAAAUCCGACCCAUCAGAUAUAGCUGAGGAUCUUAGAAUGACGCCUGUUGCUCUAAGACCCCAUUAUGAAUACUUAGGUUGCAAGUUCAGGCGCGAGAAUCAAGUUUUGGUGGCUACUCUUCCAGUCCCGCUGGAAUUUCAAACUAUCAAAAGGAAGAGAAGAAAGUAGAUCUUCAGCAACAACUCUGCCUCGAUCACAACUCGUUUGAGAAAUUAUUUUCCGUUUCUUCUAAAUUUUGUUUUGAGGCAAGGAUGAUGUUAAGGGGUACCUUGAAAAUCUAUAUGAAUGUUUAUGAUCUAUAAUGCUGCAUUCUGAUUAUCAACUGUGUCGUGUUUUAUGUACCAAACGCUAUUCUCAUAAGCUUAUCUUUAGCUGUCCGACCAAGAUUAUCAGUGACAUGGUAUCAGCGUUUACGA